AUGGAAGACGCCGUGGUGAAGCAGGGCUUCCUGUACCUUCAGCAGCAGCAGACCUUUGGAAAGAAAUGGCGCAGGUUCGGGGCCAUGCUGUACGGCCAGUCGGGCUGCGCCCUGGCCCGGCUGGAGCUGCAGGAGGGCCCGGAGAAGCCGCGCCGGGGAGAGGCCGCCCGCAGGGUGAUCCGCCUCAGCGACUGCCUGCGGGUGACGGAGGCGGGCGGGGAGGCCAGCAGCCCCCGGGACACCAGCGCCUUCUUCCUGGAGACCCGGGAGCGCCUGUACCUGCUGGCGGCCCCCACGGCCGAGCGUGGCCCCUGGAUGCAGGCCAUCUGCCUGCUGGCCUUCCCGGGCCAGCGGAAGGAGCUGCCGGGGCCGGAGGGCCAGGGCGGCGGGCCCCGCAUGGAGGAGAAUGAGCUGUACAGCAGCACGACCACAGGGGCCCCCUGCAAGGAGUUUGCUGUGACCGUGAGGCCCACGGAGGCCAGCGAGAGGUGCCGGCUCCGGGGGACCUACACCCUCCGGAUAGGAAAGGGGGCCCUGGAGCUGUGGGGGGGCCCUGAGCCGCGGGCCCUUGUGUACGACUGGCCCUACCGGUUCCUGCGGCGCUUUGGGCGCGACAAGGUAACCUUUUCCUUCGAGGCUGGGCGGCGCUGCGUCUCUGGAGAGGGCAACUUUGAGUUCGAAUCCCGGCAGGGCAAUGAGAUUUUUUUGGCCCUGGAAGAGGCCAUCACUGCCCAGAAGAACGUGCCCCCCGCUGGGCCACCAACCCAGCCAGCCCCAGCCCCAGCCCCAGCCCCAGCCCCGGCCCCGGCCCCGGCCACAGGCCUCGCAGCGCUGCCCCGGCCCGAGAGCCCGUACUCCCGGCCCCACGACUCCCUGCCGCCACCUUCACCCAGCACCCCUGGGCCCACCCCCCGGCCCCGCCCGGAGGGGGAGUACGCAGUGCCCUUCGAUGCGGUGGCCCGGAACCUGGGGAAGACCCUGCGGGGCAUCCUGGUGGUUCCGCCCCCGCCCCGCGGGGACCCUCUGUACGACAGCAUCGAGGAGCACCGGCCCCCGCGGCCGUCGCCGUCACGAUCCGACCACAUAUACGAUGAGCCCGAGGGGGUGGCCGUCCUGUCCCUGUAUGACAGCCCGCAGGAGCCCCGGGGCGAGGCCUGGAGGAGGCAGGCCACAGCCGACGGAGCCCUCGGUGGCGGCCCCCAGCACGGCUACCCCGGGGGGCAGGACUUCCCUGCUUCUGGCCUGCCGCUGGAGACCGAGUAUGACAACGUCAUUCUGAAGAAAGGCCCCAAGUGA